AUGGCUCAGCACUGCCUGUGGAUCUUGCUUCUUUGCCUGCAAAAUUGUCGGCUUGAGAAGCCAAAAAUUACACCAAACUUAAUGGCAUCUAUUAAUAAUACCUGUAAUGUGACACUGACUUGCUCUGUGGAGAAGGAGGAAAAGGAUGUGACAUAUAGAUGGAGUCCACUUGGAGAAGAGGGAAAUGUCCUUACAAUCUCCCUGACCCCUGACAACCAAGAUUUGGCUUACUCUUGUACUGCCCAGAACCCUGUUAGUAAUAACACCGACUCCAUCUCCACCCAGCAUCUCUGUGCAGGUACUGUAAUGGGCCUCCGAACUCACUCCGCUGGAUUACUGGGUGUGUUGGCUCUGCUCAUCUUGCUUGUUAUCAUUAUAUCUCCACUGCUUUUGUUCCGUUUAUACAAGAGAAAACAAGAUAUGGUUUCAAAGAAAAUAAUGUAUGAAAACAUCAACGGUCUAAGAGACAGUCAGCCAGCAGAGAGCAGAAUAUAUGAUGAAAUCUCCCAGCCUAAGGUGCUUCCCUCCAAUGAAGAGUCAGAGAAGACCAUUUACUCAACAGUGGAGUAUUCUAAGGUGGGGAAAACCAGCACAUGUGACAGAAAACCUCCUGGGACUUCAAGCUAUGAAAUCGUGAUCUAG